AUGACCACCAAAAUACCCGAACAUUUUGACAUGGGGAGCUGUGAAAUAUACCUGGCCGCGUCCAAGGCCGACUCCUGCUUCGGCGGACGCUGGGUAGUUAUGCUAUCAUCCCACGUCACUGGGACAUAUGAUGUGUACUAUUCCACUGGAAGCCCUUCUGCUACAGGGAAUGGAUACGAGCAGAAACAAGCUAGUGACCUGAAGAUUAAAGACCGCGACGAUCUUUUCAUAGGAGCGAUAUACCUGGGAUGUUUCCAGGUCGAACGACUGAACAGGUUCAUCAAGGUGUUUAAGAGGACAAUCCCGGGUCCGGACCAGUUCUUCGCGGUUUUAUGGGAACCCCGGUAUUCGGAGGCAGAGAGGAAAUACUAUGACGAUAAUCUUUCCCCAGUUGAUUAUUUGUUCUACACCACGGAUGUUAAAGAAAGCGGCCACCUUGUGCCUAAAAAGACCGGCCCAAAGUUCCCUUAUAUCUUUCCAGGGUGUACAGAGGAAUCAUAA